AUCAACCCCGCACUAAGCAGUCGGCUGCCGAGUGGCUUCCCUCCCGCCUCGUGACGCCUCUCUCCUACACGCGACACACACACGCCCCUGCCACAUCACCUUCUUCAUUUCUCCCGUCCCGAACUCCCUAUAAUAGAAUACGCGCUUGACGUACGAUUACCCACUACUGCUGCUGCUCCUCCGUAGGUGGAAGCUUCUACUACUACUACUUGCUACUGCCAUGUCGACACGUGCCUCCGCCCGCCUCGCUGCCUCCGCCGCACCCGCGUUCAUCGUCCCGCCGCGGCCGCGUUCUUCCGCCGGCCCCGGGCCGUCGAAGCUGCGAUACGCCACCCGCAGCCGCGGCCGCGUGCCGCCGUACGCGGAAUCCGAUUCGGGCUCCGAAGACGACGAAGACGAAGACGGAGAUGCCGGCGAGGACGGCGGCGGCGCCUCUGACGGUGCGGAUAUGAAUCAUGAGCAUGGCCGCGGCGCCCCGGUGCACGUGCGGCAUCUGAACCAGCCCGUGAACCACGCCUUCCAGGUCAGUUAGUCGCUGGCGGGGCCAUCCUCUGCCUUGUGUAUGUACUCCCUGCUCAACCUGCUCAGCCGAACGAUGCAGUGUGGGUGUGCCACCACGAGAAGUGGAUUGGGGGCCGCAUAUUCGCGCACGCCGCCCCCAAGUUAGGCGCGAACGAUGUGCGUCGUUUGGCGUUUUGCUUGGCCUAGUGCUGUGCUGAUUGUCUGCCUUUCCUCCCCAUUCCCGAUGCAGAAUCAUGUGUAUUACAGCGUGGUUUACCGUGACGCUUACGGCCACAAUCUGCGGCGGUACUUCUCGCCGAACCUGGGAGAGCUGAAGCCCGAUUCGGCACCGGUCCGAAAGCUGCUGCGUGCGGCGGGCUGGCUCUGAGACCCCACAGCAGUGCUGCUAUUUAUUGACAUAUUCUUACUCCUUGCAUCGCACCGCACACAUCCACAUCCCCACCCACACACUCGCCAUCUACAUACAUUGUCUCUCGCGCAUCCAGUUGUCGUUUUGCUUUGUUGCCUGGUUACUGCUGCACAUUCUGUUCAGGUCUUCACGCACCAUCCAUUGUUGUUGUCGUUAUCGCGCGAGUUCCAUUGCAUCUGCUGUAAGCACGGAAGAGCCGGAUCUUGAGCACAAUCUCCGACCUGCGCCUACUAGCCGCUAGGACAUGUUCUUGGGAAUGCACCACAGUUCUUGGUAUUGGAAGUCCGCGCCUUGCUUUGGUAAGUAUUACCCAAGUUUCCUCGGAAUUAAUGGCGUACAUUGCAUCUGACGAACUGAAAUUAAUGGUUCAGCAUGUGCUGGUGACAGCUCCUAUCAUCUCGAACUGGAUACCUAGAACCUCGCCUCGUUGAAUACCCAGCGACCGACAGUCUCGAGCCAGGAAGUGCGAGCGUUGGCUCAAAAAUAGUCCUGCCUUUGAUCCGGAGCACGUUUUCCGAUCGGUGAUCGACAUGAUCCGGGGAAUGACUCGAUCCAUAUUUUUUUGACGAUGGUCAAGGUCGAUCAUUUCUAUCUCUCCUCCUCCUCCUCCACCACCUACCAGCGAGACAAUGAGUCCCGUCUACGCGCCGCUUGAUGCGUCCAAAUUGACAGUCACGCUUGCGUCCGCGCUGAAGGAGAUUCCGCCGUUGGGCCCAUUCGGAGUCGCCAAGACAGACCACAUGCUUGUCAUGUCGCACGACCCGGUGACGGGGUGGUCAGCGCCAGAGAUCAAGCCCUAUGCACCGUUGGAACUGGAUCCGUCAAGCAACUGUUUGCAGUAUUGCACGAACGUGUUCGAGGGGAUGAAGGCGUUCCUCGAUCCACAAGACCGGCCGACGAUGUUCCGCCCCGAGGCAAACAUGGCCCGCCUAGUCAGUUCAGCGGCAAGGAUGGGUUUACCAAUAUUCGACGCCGACCAGCUGCUCAUCCUCAUCAAAAAACUAGUAACCGUCGAGUCGCGGUGGAUCCCGCGCGGUAACGGCGACAGCUUGUACAUCCGCCCGACGAUGAUCGGCACGAAACCAUCAAUAGGCGUUAGCGCCUCCGAGCACGCGAUGCUCUACGUCAUCGUCACGCCCGCGGGGCCGUACUUCUCUACCGGCGGCAAGGGCGGCGUGUCCCUCCUCGCGGUCGACGAGCACGUGCGCUCGUGGCCUGGCGGCACCGGCGCGUUCAAGCUCGGAUUGAAUUACUCGCCUGGGUUCGUUCCGCAGCGACUGGCGGCGGACAGAGGGUACAACCAGGUUCUGUGGUUGCUCAACGACGGGCAGAGGAAGCUCGUCACAGAGGCUGGUUCAAUGAACUUUUUCGCGGUGUUCGACGAUGAGGACGGGGGUGCGUGUUUCUCCUCGAUUAACCCAUCAUGUUCAAAACGUUGCCUGACGCAGGGAUUACCGUCGUCACUCCACCGCUCAACGGCACCAUCCUGCCCGGAAUCACGCGUGACUCCGCGCUAGCCCUCCUCCGCGCCCACGCCGCCUCACCCUCCGCCGGUCUCCUCGCACUCCCCGCCUCCCUCCCGCGGCUCGCAAUUGAGGAGCGCGACCUGACGACAGACGAGCUCAUCGCUGCCGCGCGUGCGGGCAGACUUCGUGAGACGUUUGGUGUAGGGACCGCCGUGCUGGUGGUCGCCGUCGAGCGGAUCGGCAUCUCUGAAGGCGAGCGGGACAUUGGGAAGGUGACAGAUAUCGCGAUGAGCCACGGGAAGGGACUGGGGCCCGUCGGCGAUGCGUUGUACGAGAAGAUCCUUGCGAUCAAGGAUGGGAGGGAACAGUUUGAAAAUUGGACGGUACUUUGCUAGCAGUCGUUACAUACAAGAUCAAGCUUGGAGCGGCUUCUGACCAGAUACCCAAUAUAAUCACUUGAUAAGGUGAAAAUUGGGUGAUUCAAAAGUGACGUUCAUAUUUGUUAGAUGGCGAUCCAUUCCAUGGCUACCUGACUGGUGUAGAGAUUUAAUAUAGAGAGUUCCGUACAUUA